CGCUGGCUGGGGCGGGGGCUUUGGAGACCCCAAGGCACAAGUAGGGAUCCUGGGAGGGGACUCAGGGGUUCCCUGGGGACCUUUCUAGCACUAGUGGGGAAUUGAAUGGGAAGGGGAGUCCUUCGGUACGUUGCUCCCAGGAAGUGAAUUCAGGAGUGGGUAGGAGUCCUCAGAGGGUGCUCAUGGCUGAGGAUGGGGCUCCAUGAGAGCCCUCCCUGCCCCAGGAGGGGGACUCAGGGCUUGGGAUGGGGAUCUCCUGGAGGCAGUUUUAGCAACGAUGGGGGUCUAAAAUGGGGGUUUGUGGGCUACUGCAUGUGCAGGAAGUGAGCUCAGGGCUGAAGGAUUCUUCAGAGACAUUCCAUGCAGAAUACAGGGACUGUAUGUUGGCCUGGGGGUCACAGAGACACCCCCCACCCCCAGAAACACAUCAGGUCCUGGAGGGGGUUUCUGAUGAGGGUCCCAGAGACAGCUACUCCUCAGGAGGGGAAAUUAGGGAUCAAGUCAGAUUCCUUAGACACCCCAAGCCCAGGAAGUAUCUCAAGUCUAGAAGCGUCUCUACAGUUACUUCUGCCAGAAGGAGAGUGUUUAAGACUUGACAGGGGACCUAGAAAAUACCUCUGGUCCCUAAAAGGGGGAAUAAGGGUGGGUGCCUGGGUCACUUCUGUCCCUAGAGGGGACUCAGUUGGGGAAUUGUCUCUGGCCUCUAGUGAGGAUAUUCAGAGUUAUGGCAGAGAGUUUGCAGCGUCAGGGGCUGGGGUCUCGAAGCCAGUCCCCACCCCCUGCCCAGUGAACAGGUUGCAUCAGCUCUGGGCUCGGCUUGGGGCCCAGGCUUGGGGCCCAGGCGGGAAGGAGGGGUGUAGGAGGUAUUAUGAGAGGUGGGGCAGUCAGCCAACAUGUGUCCCUGUAAGGAGCAGAGACCUGGCCACAUGGAUGGAACUGCAGGAUCCAAAGAUGAAUGGAGCCCUACCUUCGGGUGCUGCAAAGCAGGAACGCGAGGGCUUCCUGCCCAGCCAUAGUCCUGCUCCUGGAAGGAAGCAAGCCCAGUUCAUGGAUUUCGAGGGGAAGACGUCGUUUGGAAUGUCAGUGUUCAACCUCAGCAACGCCAUCAUGGGCAGCGGCAUCCUGGGGCUGGCCUACGCCAUGGCCCACACAGGUGUCCUCUUCUUCCUAGCCCUGCUGCUGUGCAUUGCUCUUCUGUCCUCAUACUCCAUCCAUCUCCUGCUGACCUGUGCUGGUGUUGUAGGCAUCCGAGCCUAUGAGCAGCUGGGACAGAGGGCGCUGGGGCCUGUGGGGAAGAUAGUGGUGGCUGCAGUCAUCUGUCUGCACAAUGUUGGGGCCAUGUCCAGUUACCUGUUCAUCAUCAAAUCCGAACUCCCCCUGGUUAUUGGCACCCUCCUGUACAUGGACCCUGAGGGGAGCUGGUUCUUGAACGGAAACCUCCUCAUCAUCAUUGUCAGUGUGUUAAUCAUCCUGCCACUGGCCCUCAUGAGACACUUGGGCUACCUGGGGUAUACCAGUGGUCUUUCCCUGACCUGCAUGCUGUUUUUCCUCAUUUCAGUCAUCUAUAAGAAGUUCCAGCUUGGCUGUGCUGUGAGCUUCAAUGAGACAGCAGCAGAGAGUAAGAGCCCCCUAGAUCUUCCCAUCCAGGGGCUGAACAGAAGCUGUGAAGCCCAGAUGUUCACAGUGGACUCACAGAUGUUCUACACAGUGCCCAUUAUGGCUUUUGCCUUUGUCUGCCACCCUGAAGUGCUGCCCAUCUACACAGAGCUCUGCAGGCCCUCCAAGCGCAGAAUGCAGGCUGUGGCCAAUGUGUCCAUCGGUGCCAUGUUCUGCAUGUAUGGGCUUACGGCCACCUUUGGAUACCUCACCUUCUACAGCAGCGUGGAGGCAGAGAUGCUACAAAUGUACAGCCAGAAGGACCUGCUUAUCCUCUGUGUGCGCCUGGCAGUGCUGCUCGCGGUGACUCUCACUGUGCCAGUUGUGCUGUUCCCUAUCCGCCGGGCCCUGCAGCAGCUGCUCUUCCCAAGCAAAGCCUUCAGCUGGCCACGGCAUGUGGCCAUAGCCCUGAUCCUGCUUGUCUUUGUCAAUGUCCUUGUCAUCUACGUGCCGACCAUCCGGGAUAUCUUUGGGGUUAUCGGGUCCACCUCAGCCCCCAGCCUCAUCUUCAUCCUUCCCAGUGUCUUCUACCUCUGCAUUGUACCCUCUGAAGUGGAGCCCCUCUCUUCCUGGCCCAAGAUCCAGGCUCUGUGCUUUGGUGUCUUGGGGGUCCUCUUCAUGGCGAUCAGUCUAGGCUUCAUAUUUUUCAACUGGGCCACAGGCCAGAGCCAUGUGUCUGGACACUGACCAUGCCUUUCUCCAGCCAGACUCCUGGGUACAUGCGCCUGUGUGUGUGUAGAGACAGAUGGGGCCACUCUCCCAGGUCCCUCCUGCCUGGUGUAUGAAGAUGGCUGGUUCCCAUUAACAUGGCUAUUGGAGGUAGGGGGCCACAGAGGCUGCAGAGUGGUCCACUGUCCUCCCCAGGGAUGCUGAGCUUGGAUCAUGGUCCUAACACCAACCCGACAGGAGGAGGAGGAUGCCAGGUCCUUGGGGAGCCCCUGCCCAGCCCAAUUCUUUCUGCCUCCUCCUGGCAGAAUCUGUUUGUCAAGAUUACCCUCAAGUUAAAGGGGGAGAAUAAGAAUAAAGAUUCUGAG